AUGGGUCUUUGGGGCUUACUAAAGACGCUGAUUGUCAAAUCACCCGCCCAAUAUCAUUGGAGGACGGAGUGUCGGAUAAAGCGAUUAGGCCCGCUGUCCAAGAGAAUCGUUCUUGCUGCCACCAGGCACCAGGGGGGAGCUCGCAUAUUCCAAGGUCCUCUCAAGUACUCCCUCACCAUGUCCAACAACGACCGGAAUGCCCUCAGCAUCGUUGACCGCCUUCAAAUGGCAUGGAUUCUGCUGCCAGCGCCAAUCGUCGCGGUAUGGGCUCUGGUACAGGCGCCAUUCACGACGCACGGGAGAUCCAAAAGCUGGAAGAGGAACAUACUUGACCGGCUAUUCCGCUGGAUAAUUUCAGGGAUGAACAGGAGGCAGGCGCGUGCGUUACUCGGGACGACGCGGGGAGCAUAUGACCAGUUCCUCAAGGAGCACAAGAUGGAACCAGUGGUGGAGGAGAUCGGAGAAGAUGCCAGGUUGCUCUGGAUUGGUCCCAAGCAGACAGAACGUGUUUUGCUGUAUCUUCACGGCGGGGCUUUCCUGUUGGGCAUGUCAUCGUUCGCAGCUUCGUUCUGGAAAUACAUGCAGGAUCACCUAGGGAAGCGAGGGAAGCCAACCGGAGUUGCCAUCCUCAAUUAUACGCUCGUGCCCGAUCUUCAAUUCCCUGGUCAGCUAAAGCAAGGGGUCCGGGCCGUGCAACACCUCUUGGACUCUGGCGUCAAACCCGAGAACAUCCAACUCGUCGGCGACUCUGCUGGUGGGGCCUUCAUCUACCAGAUUUGGUCCCAUAUCCUUCACCCUGUGGAUGGGGUACCGAAGCUAGAACUCUCCUCGCCGUUCGGCGGCGCAUAUCUGGUGUCCCCAUGGGUGCGAAUGAUCGACGACGAGGGCAAAUUCUUCCCUUCCAAAGGCAACUUGGAUUAUUUGACACCUGCAACGGGAAACUACUGGGGCCACAAGGUGUUGGAUGGCCUUCCCGCGUCAGCCAUUCCCUAUGUCGAGGCGAACAGCACACCGGAGGGCUGGCUGCAGGGUGUGGAGAAAUGCGUGAAGCGCGUCCUCAUCAGCGCAGGUGGUGUAGAAACCCUCUGCGGCGAGAUCAUCAAAUUCCAGGAAGUCGUCAAGAAACACCAUAAGGAUGUGACGUUCUACCUGCAGGACCAUGGUGUCCACAACGAGCCCUAUCAAGAUUUUAUGACCAAGGAGAAGAAGUUGGGGAAAUUGACACCUUUGGUUCUUGACUGGCUGGAUGCGGGGUUCGAAAAAAGCUAG